AUGUCUAUUAAUCUAUCUAUCUGUCUUCAACUAUCUCUCUGUCUCUUUAUCUAUCUAUAUUCAUCUAUCUGUCUAUGCCUCGUCUUCUAUCUAUCUAUCUAUCUAUCUAUCUAUGUUCAUCUAUUAAUCUAUUCAUCUAUCUGUCUAUCUGUCUAUCUAUCUAUCUAUCUAUCUUCGUAUCUAUGUCUGUUCAUCUAUCUAUCUAUCUAUCUAUCUAUCUAUCUAUCUAUCUGUCUAUCUAUCUAUCUAUGUCUGUUCAUGUAUCUCUAUAUCUAUCUAUCUAUCUAUCUAUCUAUCUAUCCUUUUUCUUCUUUUUACUUGCGCCGAUUUUUUCUCUUUCAUUCCUCCCUCUUUUUUUCGUCCAUCUUUCUUCUCUUACCAUUUUCCCAAACUUCGUCAUUUGUCAUUUCUGUAAAUAUACACGAUAUAACCAGCGCCAUUGUUCUUCGUUAA